CACGACGCGCGAAUAUCUCGUUUUUCUAAAAUGGUGGCGUGUGGCUGUGGAAACCGCCGGCUGUUGUUUUAAGACCUGUAAUACCACUAAAACUUAGUCCCCGGGUUCUAAACUGCAAGAAUAUUGAUUAAAGUUCUCGCGAAUUGUCAGAAAAGAUCUGUGAUGGCAAAGCGGAUUGCUGAGAAAGAGCUGACAGACAGGAACUGGGAUCAGGAAGAUGAAGGAGAAGAGGCAGGAAUGUUUUCAGUUGCAAGUGAGGAAGUGAUGAAAAAUCGUGCCAUUAAGAAAGCCAAGCGUCGAAAUCUUGGCGCAGAGGGAGAGAGUGCAGGAGCCUUUAAAACCUUUAAGGGUUUUUCUCUGACUGCAUCAGCUCCAGCGGCUGGAGCAACCUUCUCCACAUUUGGGAAUGGGGCUGGAUUUAAACCCCUCUCUUCCUUGACCAAUGGCAGCGCACCAUCUGUCAUCCCUUUUAGGGGUUUCAACUCCACUGCCACUGUCAAGACAAACACCGGCACUUCAUCAUCCAAUGGGUCAGCCUCCUCCUCCUCCUCCUUAGAUAGUGGUGACAUCAUGGCCAACGGCUCCGCCCCCAGCCUGCCCGCGAUCUCUGGAGGAGGCAGCAGCAGUAAGGAGUACAACCGGCAGCUCACAGCUCUCAACUGCUCUGUGCGUGACUGGAUCACCAAGCAUGUGAAUGACAACCCGCUGUGCGACCUCAACCCCAUCUUCCGCGACUAUGAGCGGCACCUUGCCACCAUCGAGCGCAAGUACGGUAGUGGUGCAGCAGCGGAAGAGCAGCAGCCAGGAAAACAGGCAAACACCAAAACCAACACAACAUCGUCCUCCACCAGCAGUAAUGUUACACCAGCCGCUCCUGCUUUGUUCUCCUUCACCAAGAACAAGGACAGUGCUGCUCCUGAGAAAAGCUCCUCCAUUCCUGCAGGCGUUUCAUUCAACUUUGGCCAGAAGGUGGACAGCUCCGUGCUGAGCUCUCUCAAGUCUGCAGGGGCUUCAGGGUUUCCGUUUUCGCUCAGCACCACCGCCAUUCUGUUUGAUUCAGAGAGCACCGGCACGUCUACAGGCAACUUCUCUUUCACUGCGGCCAAGACCGAGGCAGCCAGCAACAGCCAGGCAGCAGAUCAGAAUGGAGCUGAUGAAGAAACAGAUGAGCCACCGGUACCCGUAGUCAGAGAAAUCAAGGAAAAAGAUGCCUUCUACUCUAAAAAGUGCAAACUGUUCUAUAAAAAGGAAAACGAGUUCAAGGAGAAAGGAGUUGGUACAAUGCAUUUGAAACUGGUUUCAGACAGCAAGCUGCAGCUCCUGGUGCGCGCAGACACAAACCUGGGUAACAUCCUGUUGAAUAUCAUGGUUCACUCCUCCAUGCCGUGCACACGGACAGGGAAAAACAACGUCAUGGUGGUGUGUGUGCCAAAUCCCCCAGUGGAUGACAAGAACCCCAGCACCCCAGUACCGAUGCUGAUCCGUGUUAAAACAGCAGAGGACGCUGAUGAACUGCACAAACUUCUGCAGGAGAAGAAAGCGUGAGCUCCCUCCUCCCUGUUACAGACUCUCCAUCUCCCCUCCCAAUACCUUACAUGUCAUGUAUUGCCUGAAUGUGGUUUGCACGGCUGUAUGACCUCACACACACAUCACACACACCUGACUCAUAUUUUUCCUUGUCCAUUUGAGCAGUCUUGACAGUCUUGACACCCUUCGUGAGCGUUGGCAACAAAUCGGUUCAGAUACUGUGAAAUCCUUUGUGUAAAAUGCUGGCUGAAUUUGAUGGUUGUGUUUGAUUUUGAACAGUACAUACUGAUAACACCCUAAAGUAAAGUGAAGAUACAGGUUUUAAAAAGCUUGCAUUCUGAACAUUCCAUCAGGGUUUCAUUUUGCUGCUAUUAUUAAACAGAUAAGGGUGAAGCUGAGGAACUCUUUUUAUUCAUCUAUGAAUGUGUGCAGAUUGAAUAAAUUAGAUUUAAAUUGUGAAUUGGAGUUCAGCUUUGUACUUGGACCUUCCUGCUAAAAGGGGAAGUUGAUUUAGGGAGGAAUUAAAAAGUAUUUGACUGGCUUAAUGCCUCCUCUUCCCAGAAAGAGAAUAAACAUGUGGGAAAUUUAUAAACUACAAAGAAACCUUUAUUUUCUUAACGUUUUAACUAUUUUUUUUGCCAGUUAUUUGAUUGGAGGCAUGCAGGCAGUUCGAUGUUAAUGUUUUAACUUGUUUGAGGCCUGAAUAAAGUAUUUGUUUUUAUGUUUUACUCAAGGUGUUUGCUGUAAUUGGUAUUUAUUCUGAGCGAGGUCUCUGCUCACGUAGAGUGCUUUGUGUAAAUGAGUCCUGUAAACUUCUCUCCAUUAACACCAAAACAACAUCUACAGCGUUAAGAUUGCAAGUAAACGAUCUUCCUAGUGCAUCUGUCUUAAGUGGAUUUAGGUUAAAGUUGUUUUUAUGGUUUUAAUUGAUUGUUUUUUUGUUUUGUUUUUUUUUCUAAGUGACCUUUGUAACGCCUUAGAACACGAGGCAUGCAUUUAACAGCACCAAAUACAUUUUGUAGCUUUGUUAACUGGCAAAUAAAUCAAGCUGAAAAAUA